AUGUCUGCAACGGGCGAUUUCAGCGAUCUCUUCGAUUACGACGACGACACAAUAGCCGCCGCCGCCGCCGCCGCCGUAACGAGCCCCUUUCACCAGAGCCUCGAUUUGUCCAAAGAUCAAUCGCUCAGCGGCUUCAAUCCACAAGCCCUGCACAACCCCACGACGGCAUCCUCGACACUCGGCGCCCGCGACAUUGCUGCCGCCGAAUCUCCUGACUCGUUGAACGAUUCUUUUCGCGACUCCUCCUCCGAUUCGGGCUCUUCAAAGAGAACAGGCAGCUCAGCAUCCGGAAAGAUUGCUCUGACCGCCGGCGACAUUAUAAUGACCGAUGGAAAUGAUAUCAAAAAGGAGUGGAACUCAGCUUCCUUUUCCAAAGGCUCUGACGAUGGCACGUUUAUCUUUGGCUCCAACAUGCCCUCGUCUGUCAUGGGUGACAACUUCGAUUUACCCACCGACGACAACUUCAUGAACGAUUCUUUCGACUUUGAGAGUGCGUCGAGCAGCCCCGAGGCAGCCAACAAUGCCGCAACGAACCUUGCGUCCCCCGACAUGCCCACCAUGACGGCACACAUUCCUCACAACAGCCAAACCCCCAGCAAAUCAAAGAGCCAGGCACCCAGGAAAAAAUCUCAAUUCCCCCUCACACAACCCAUGCAUGGACUGCACAUGUCUGCUUCCCGCGAGGUAUCUCCUCUGUCACAAAACGUCGCCAGCCAGCAAGCCUCGCCUUCAAACUUCUUCAAUAACUCCCCCUCGCCAACCAACCAACCCGACUUCUCCAAUCAUGUCGCCGCCGCCGUCGGCCACCCAUUCUGGCCUCAAGUCGAUGGCGGCCAUGCCAUGCCCCCGGGUUUCCCGAUGAUGCAACAGUUCCACCCUCAGCUGAUGCAGCAGAUGUUGUUUGCUCAGGGAGGGUUUAACCCCAUGCCGUACCACUGCAAGCUCAUCAUUCACCCAACACCGACCAAGUCGCGAGUUGAGACGCAGAUCCCUAUCAAGAUGACUCUUCUCGGAGCGCCACCAGGUGUCAAGCGGCUGCACCUGCCCACGCACACAAUAUCAAAGCCGAAACUGCUGGCCAAGUCACCCUCUGAACGAUCGCCCGAUAUGCUUGAACUCUACACUCAAUUGGUCUGCACCAGCGCCAUGCUCGUCGGAGAUAACAAGCAACGGGCAUUCAAGCGGGCUGCUGCCGCCUCUCAUCCACAUCCUUCGCUCAACGAAAGGUCUGCCAGCGAAGACAGUAACGAGGAGGACAAGCCACAAAACGGUGGCGAGGUACGCAUCUGCCAGGGUUGCAUCACGCGAGAGCGCAAGCGUGCCGGACGAAAGAAGAUUAAGAAGGUGGAAGAAGAGGAAAUGUGGAAGAAGGAUGAGAAUCGACGAGUGAUCGUCUUCAACACAAAUGAGAUUAAGGAAUGGCAACCGCCCAGUGCCACCCCUGCAGACCCCGCGGUUGCAGGCCCGCCAGAACCUCAGUAUCCUGCAGGAGCCCUGCAAGUGGACGCUCCGAUGCGUAUCGCCUGCUAUUGUCGACAUCACGCCGAGAAGAUGGGGUUCCGGGUUGUCUUCACCAUCAAAGACUGGCAGGAUCGUGUCGUGGCGCAGGAGAUGUCUCAUUCCAUCAUGAUUACGGACGAUCACAAGACACAUCCGGUACCGCAGACCCUCAACGCCAUCGGUUCUCAGGGUGAGGAGAACUCGGUUGUGCCAAUGGUCAACGCCCCGCUCGAAACGAGCCCCCUGUCAACGCCUGCUCCCUUUCGGGUAUCGCAGUCGAGUUCAGAUCUGCAAAGUUUGAGGCGGAAUGGUUCAACUCAAUUACCUGGGCCUCCUCCACUUCCUGCGCCCCCACCAGUCGUCAAACACCAGACGCCGCCGGCUUCUGCGCCCAGCGUCCCUGCCCUUUCAAGACCUGCAUCUCCGUCCUUGUCCAACAUGGGACCUGCCUCGAAGAAGCGAAAGGCGGGCGGGCCCCGAGUGCCGAUGGAAAUGGCCAUGACAAGACUCGACACCUCGCCCCCGCCCGGGACACAACCAUCUGCAAGCCAGGCGCCAGCCACUGCGCCAGCUUCUACAUCGCCCUUCACACCUAACCUGGGACUCAACCUCCAGAUGCCGGACAACAUGUUCGCACAGACCGGCGCCGUGCAGAAUGUCCCUCCGCCUUUCGCCACCGGCCCGACGACGCCCAACAACAUCAGCGAUCAAAACAUGUUUCGCAACGCCGCGCGGUCGGCCAGCAUGGACAACCUUGCCAUGACCAUGUUCUCUGCGCCCACCUCGGCGCACCCCAGCCGUGCGCCGAGUCCCAAUUCUCUGAGGCAAAGCCUCGGUGGUGUGCCGCAAACACCCAUGGCGCAUGGCCUGAUCAAUGGCAUGACCUUCCUUCCCGGCAGUCAGAGCCAAAGCCGACCACAACCGACCAUCCAUAAGAUUAUUCCAGGGGAGGGGCCCAAGAUGGGUGGUAUCGAGGUGACCAUUCUUGGUGGUGGAUUCUUCCAAGGGCUGGACGUGUACUUUGGCGAGCACAAGGCUACGACGACAACCUUCUGGGGCGAGUCCUCAUUGGUCUGUCUCUUGCCUCCGGCGUCGAGGCCUGGCAUUGUUCCCGUUUCCCUCAAGCAAUCCCAGGCACAGUCGCCGCCGUUCAAGCCGAACCCCAAUCAGGUCUUCCGAUACACCGACGACGAAGAAGCACAGCUCGCCAGGAUGAUGAUUGGCAUGAUCUCACAAAAGAUGACGGGUCAACUUCUGGACGUGAGGGAGCUUGCGCAACGAAUCAUGGGCCCCCAGGACAUGGAUUGGUCCAGCAUGGGCGGCGGAUCCUCUUCAGGCGGCGGCUUCGGUGGUGGCAACACGUACAGCACGAGUACUGAGUCGCAGCUGCUUAAGUGCCUGGAACUGAUUGAUCUCGAUGACAGUGCCAGGAUGCCUCGUCUCGAUCUCAGGAGGAAUACGGGCCAGGCCAUGCUUCAUUUCGGAUGCUCGCUUGGUUAUCACCGCUUUGUUGCAGGUCUCCUCGCGCGCGGCGCCAACCCCGAUCUCCGCGACAAGGGCGGCUUUACACCGAUGCACAUGGCCGCCAUCAACGACCACGAGGCUAUUGUCCGGCGACUGAUGCAGGCUGGCGCAGACCCCACAAUCAGAAGCUUGUCUGGGCUUCGGCCCGCUGAUGUUGCUCGCUCGCGCAAGGUCAUCGAACACAUCCGCCGUUGCGAGCGUCACGUUCGUUCUCGUAGUGGAGGUUCUCUACACAGCCGAGCCAGCAGUGCCGCCUCUUUGCGAUCUCUCUGGGACCCACACGCUGUGUCGGAAGAGUCUGACGACCCUGGCGAUGGAGAGGAGAGCCCCGAGUACUCCUCUGGUGAUUUUGAAUCGGAAGACGAGGCUGAGGAUAAUUGGCUCAAUAUGCGCCGAUCAAGCACACACGCAUAUGGAGCACCGACUGAAAGAGACAGUUUGUCAGAGGAACGAGAUGAGCUGCAACGAGUGCCGGGCUCACCGACCACGGCCCUGGCAGCAGCGGUGCGAGAUCAGGUAUCGGCGCAGCUUCACCAGUUUCAGCAGGCGAUGGCUAUGCACUUCCCCAACAUGUCGCAGAUGCCAAACCUGCCUCAAAUGCCCAACUUCCCGCGAAUGUCCAUGCUACCAGACUACCAACAGUACCUGCACCAGCACCCGCUCAUGGGUCGGAUGACAUCCUUCAUGGAGGGCAUGUCGGGCUCUCGGCCUGGAUCAGCUGGUGACGAAACGCCAAAGGCCAUGGAUGGCAAAUGGUGGGACUUCUCGUCGCUUCUUAACAACAACAACAACACGGCCUCCCCGCCUGCCUACACAGAACUGUACCCGCAAGACGCCCUUGAUAAGAAGCAGGCCUCCGCUGCGGGGGCUGCCGCCGAGGCGGAAGCUGACGCGAAAUGUGCCAAGCUGUUCGACACGGCGACCGCUGAGGCCAUCGAGGAAACGAGCGAGGCCGCCACGAGCGAAGCGCCUGUCCCCAAGGCACUCAUGAUUGGCCGGAAGAAGGCCAUGACGAAGGAGCAACAGCAGGACUUCCUGCGGGCUCAUGCCGCCAAAUUCAAGGGCAUCCGCAGCGACAAGAACCUCUGGUUUAUCUGGAUUCCGCUUCUGACAGUGCUACUGGCUUCCAUGCUGUACAUCCGCUUCCCCGAACAUUUCGCCACGGCGUGGUCCAUGAUUCGUUCGGUGCCCGCGCAGCAGGUCCCUGAGGCCGCCCGCAACCUCCGGGACCGCGUCGUUGAGGUGCUCUGA